AGCCCCUCGGCUUAGCCUGCUGCCCCGGACCCCAUGAAGCUGACGGCCCUGCAGAUGCUGCUGUGGCACAGCAUGCUCUGGAUGACAGGAGAAGCCACCCCUCUGGGUCCUGCCCACAACCUGCCCCAAAGCUUCCUGCUCAAGUGCUUGGAACAAGUGAGGAAGAUCCAGGCGGAUGGCACGGAGCUUCAGGAAAAGCUGUGUGCUACCUACAAGCUGUGCCACCCGGAGGAGCUGGUGCUGCUUGGGCACUCUCUGGGCAUCCCCCAGGCUCGCCUAAGCAGCUGCUCCAGCAAAGACCUACAACUGACAAGCUGCCUGGGCCAACUGCACAGCGGGCUCUUCCUCUACCAGGGCCUCCUACAGGCCUUGGCAGGGGUCUCCUCUGAGCUGGCCUCCACCGUGGACCUGCUGCAGCUGGAUGUCAAGGACUUUACCACCAACAUUUGGCAGCAGAUGGAAGACCUGGGGGUGGCCCCUGCUGUGCAGCCCACCCAGGGCACCAUGCCAGCCUUCACCUCUGCCUUCCAACGUCGGGCAGGAGGUGUUCUGGUUGCUUCCAACCUGCAGAGCUUCCUGGAGCGGGCCUACCGGGUUCUGCGCUACUUCACUGGGCCCUGAGCAAAGCCCUCCCCACCCAGUGUAUUUAUCUCUAUUUAAUAUUUAUGCUUAUUUAAACUUAAUAUUUAAAGACAGGGAAGAGCUCAAAAGAGUCUCAACUCCUGGGUCCUUCCCUCUGCCCCUAAGUUUCGUUCUCCUGCCUGUAGCAAGGAAAAACUCCUGUCCUCCUGUCGCCCGACUGGGAGGCCGCUAAGUAAAUACCAAGUAUUAAGUCCUGUGUCUGCUCCCUGGCUGGUUCCACGGUGGGUACCGGGAGAGCUGCAGUGAACCCCAG